AUGAAAGUGGCCUUGGCUUUUGGGUUUAUUCGCUACAAGCUGAGUGGGAUGCAAGCUGAGCUCCUUCUGCCGAGGUAUGGCGAAUGUCCCCCUUUAUUCAGCGGCUACAUCCUGGGCGCGCCCUUUCUUCCGCGGCUGGAGUGUUUUUACCGUUGUUCCCUGGCCCCCGCCGCGCUGGCCCAAAAAGUAGCGCAACAAGCAGCCUCAUUCCGCUCGCUUUCAACAUGUUUGCUCUCCGGGAAAGGACUCGCUCUCCCAGGGGUAUUAGGUUCGCCUGAGACCUUGCGACUCCUCGGUGAUAGCCAGGCUGCUACACCGCCGACGGCCCCAACUGCCAACUCCAAGGGCCUCUGCGCUAAACAGAAUGCUCCUAAACCAAAAGGGCUGAUGCCUCUUUCCCCGGCAAAGAAAUCUCACCCUGUCCAAAAGGAACCGUUGGAACUGUUUUUACAGUAUACCACCGACAACAUUACCAGCCAACAACAUUACCAGGCAACAACAUUACCCCGCCAACAUACCAACAACAACAAUACCACCGACAACAUUACAUCACAACAUUACACGACACAGUACAACCGACACGUAACCAGCAACAACAUUACCAGCAACAACAGUAAACCAGCAACACUUACCAGCAACGAACAGUCCACCAACACAUUACCCGCACAACAGUACCCAACAACAUUACCAACCGACACAUACCACCGACAACAUACCACCACAACAUUACGCAGCAACAACAUUAUCAGCAACACCAUUAACCCCGGCAACGUACCACCAACAACAUUACCAGCACAACAUUACCACCAACAACAUUCCAACACCACUUACCAGCGACAACAUUAUUCAGCACAACAUUACCAUCACCUACAACAUACCCAGCAAACAACAGUACCAGCAACAACAGUACCAGCAACAACAGUAACCAGCAACAACAGUACCAGCAACAACAGUACCCCCAACACUUACCAGCAACAACUUCCCGCAACAACAACAAUACCAGCAACAACGUACCACCAACCACCUUACCAGCAACAACUUACCAGCCCACCAACAGGUACCACAAAAACAUACCAGCAACAACAGUACCACCGACAACAGUACCACACAACAUACCAGCCACAACAGUACAGCACAACAGGUCCACCGACAACAUUACACCGACAACAUUACCAUCACAACAGUACCACCACACAUUACCACGCAACAAAAGUACCACCCGACAACAGUACCAGCAACAACAGUAACAGCAACAACAGUACCAACCGACCGUACAGUACCUUUGUAGCAACAACAUUACCUGACCGUCCAAACAUUACCAGCAACAACAUACAACACAACAGUACCCAGCAACAACAGUACCACGCAACAACAGUACGCAGAUCAACAACAGUACCACGCAACACAGUAACCAGCAACACAGUACCACAAACAGUACCCGACAACAGUCCAGCUACACGGUACCCCGACAACAGUACCACCGACAACAUACCGCAACAAAUUACCACCACAACAGUACCACCAACAACAGUAACCACCGCCACAGUACCAUCAACAACAUACCACCAACACCAUUACCAGCAACAGACAGUACCCACCACAAACAGUAACAAUCACAACAUUAACAAACAGCACAGUAAUACCGAACAACAGUACCGAGCACAACAGUACCCCGACUACCAUUACCACCGACAACAGUACCUAACAACAACAGUACCAUCAACAACAGUACCAUCAACAACAGUACCACCGACAACCGUAACCACCGACAACAGUACUCUGUUUUGCGCAACACUUACCUAG